AUGAAUUUACAAGACUUCCUGGCAAUGGAGGAAAGCCGCGACCGCGACGAGCUAAUCGACCUUCGCAGCCUUGACCUCGUCUCCGAGUACGACUCGCACCUUAUGUGCCCGAUAUGCCACUGUCCCUUCGUUGAACCCGUUCGCCUACAAUGCGACCAUGUCUUCUGCGGGAGUUGCCUCAGUUCGGCUAUCACCACAUUCCGCUCGGCCGACUCGGAGGAGUUCCCGUGUCCUUCUUGCCGAAAUCCCACCCAGGAGGUGUCGGCUAGCGUGCCCCGCCUGCUGAUCAACAUGUGCGACGAGAUCCGAGUGCGAUGUCCGUUGAUAGAGGAGGGCUGUCGGGAAAUUAUACCCAGAGGUCAUGUCCAGUCGCAUGUCGAGAAGUACUGUGGGUACCGGCUAUUGCCGUGUCCGGAUGAUUCAUGCGAUCAGAUGACACGAAGCAAAGACGUUGGGAUGGAUCAGAAGUGUAUUCAUAGGGUGCGACGGUGCUCUCAUUGCGAAGAAGAUGUUCUAGAGCAUGAAUACGAGGAGCAUGAGAGAGAGCUUUGUCCAGUUCUUGAAGUCACAUGUGUCGACUGCGAAACAGUUGUCACUAAAGGGGCACUGCGGGAGCACAUUGAAUCAUGUCCGGAGGUUGCAAUUCCCUGCACGGCGUCCAAAUACGCAUGUCCCGUUAAGGUACGACGGGCAGAUAUUGCAACACAUGAGCAAAGCUGCCCUAUAGUCGCAAUGGGCCCAUACUUUGAGACGCAAAAUACCCGGCUCAAGUCCCUUGAAUCAAGUAUGCGACAUCUGCAACAGCGGAAUGAGAUAUUCGAGGAUGGGCUUGCAAACAUUCGAGCCACUCUUGUCGAAUCCACACGCUUAGGCGCAAACAGUAACAGCGGUGGACAACCUACCCAAUCUGGGCGAGAGCAGCAAUCCCCCGCUCGCGCCGACGUCCAUACAGAUGAUCCUGCUGAUAUUGCUGCGAGUGUAUUUUCAUCCAAUGCCACUACCUAUCUGCUCUCGCUGCAUGAAUCUCUCCGGGAAGAGGUCAGCCAACUUUCGCAUGCUAUUACAGACCUAGAUGCUCGCGCCAGCAUGGCUAUCAUGAAUGAAUGCCUGCGCAUCAAAGAAGAUAUAGCCCACACGAAUGCGGCAGUCAAUAGUGUCCGCAUGCAGGUCCAGUGGCUCAUGAACCCUCGCCUUCACCAGGGGGCACGGGGAGGAGCUGUUCGCACCAACACUACAGACAACGAAUCGUCAGCGGCUGGGCCAAGCCAUGCUGCUGGUCAGACCCUAGGGCCUCUUCGGCCUAGGCGUCCCAGUGACGGUGGACGCGAGGGAACGAAGCUGUAA